ACAAUGUCUUCUAGGAAAGAUGCAUGGUUUUGAUGUUUUUAUGUUGUUGUCAAGAUCCAUUUUUCCAAAACUACUAGUUGAAAGUAAAGAAUUGAAGGCAAACAAGAGAUCACACAUGUAAGUUAGUCACUAUUAAUAAAAAAAAAUUAGCAGCUACAUAUGUAACGAAAUAUAUACGAUGUAGGAUAUUUGCUGUAUUUACAUUGAACUCUCAGCUGUACGAAAGGCAUGACGUCUUCGCACUAUAACCGGAAAUGAAAUGGAAAUAAAAGUAUCGUCACGAGAUAACCAGCACAGUCAAACGCCCAAAAAACCGGAACGUUGUUUUAUUUCGAAAAUCCCAGCCGGAAGUUGAACUUGUACUCGUGUCUAGCUUGCUGCCGGUCUGUCCCGUUCUCCUCCUCCAUCCUCCAGUCGCAGCAGCGGCGUCCGUCGCUCCACCGCAGAGGACAGCGGGUGUUUGUAGGACACUGGGCCCACGGAGGGAGGGGUCCUGGCCUGGGCACGGAUCCCGAAGAGGCCCCGGGGCCGCGGCUGGAUGGAGUCGGGCUGCAUUCACACAGCAAUGGCUAUGGGUCUGACAUCGAAAAAGGCGUCUGCUCGGAGCGUCGGCGUGGAGCGAAAGAACCUCAUCACUGUUUGCAGAUUCUCUGUCAAGACUCUCCUAGAAAAGUACACGGCAGAGCCCAUAGAUGACUCAUCCGAGGAAUUUAUUAACUUUGCCGCCAUUUUAGAGCACAUCCUCAGCCACCGCUUCAAAGGUAACACUGCAGGUUCUGGAAGCUGGUUCAGCUCAGAUGGACAGCGCAGUUUCUGGGAGUACAUCCGCGUGGCGUGCAGCAAGGUGCAGAACAACUGCGUCGCCAGCAUUGAAAACAUCGAGAACAUCAGCACGUCGCGGGCCAAGGGACGGGCGUGGAUUCGAGUGGCGCUGAUGGAGAAACGUCUGUCCGAAUACGUGUCCACCGCUCUGAGAGACACAAGAACCACCAGGAGGUUCUAUGACGACGGAGCCAUCAUGCUGAGGGAGGAGGCCACGGUUCUGACCGGCAUGCUGAUCGGACUGAGCGCCAUUGACUUCAGUUUUUGCUUGAAGGGUGAGACUCUGGAUGGGAAAUCCUCGGCCGUGAUUGACUACACACCCUACCUGAAGUUCACUCAGAGUUACGACUACCUGAGUGACGAGGAGGACCGCCGCAGCGUGGACAGCAGCAACAGCGAGGAGAGCGUCCCCGAUCAUCCCUACAUCCCUCUGGUGACCGACGAGGAGAGCUGGAGCAACAAGUGUCGCAAGAUGGAGCAGAGGUUCAAGAUCGUCUACGCCCAGAAGGGUUACCUGGAGGAGCUGGUGCGUCUGCGGGAGUCGCAGCUGAAGAACGUGGAGAUGGAGAACAAGCACCUGAGAGCCAAGGUGGAGGAGCUGAUGGUCCAGAACCAGCAGGAGAAGAAGGAACUGGAGGCCGUCGUGCUGGAGCUACAGGCACAACUCUCGGCCCUCAUGCCCUGCGAUUCCUCCCACCUGGCCAAGGACCUCUCCAUCCCGCUGGUCAACCAGUGGCCCACCAUCACAACCAACCAAGGCCAUGUCAAACUGUUCCGCAGGAGGAGCUUCCACAGUUUGGAGCAACUUUCUGCCGACGUCAGUCUGAACUCCGACUCCCAGAGGACCGACGGGAGGCUGAACGGAGAUGCCGGCUGGACCUCAGCAGGUAAGGACGACACUCCCUCCAUGCUGGGUCUGUGCGGCUCUCUGGCCUCUCUGCCGAGCUCCAGGUCGCUGGCCAGCCUCAAGUCCAGCGAGUGUCUGGUCAACAUCAGCACCGAGCCCAGCCCCGCGCUCUCUCCCAGCUAGAGGAGCUCCGCACACCGACACACCCCGAGAUUACACCCCCAGCCCGUCUGCCUGGUGAUGCUGCGUCGUUGACCUAUUGUCUGACCGAGACCCCUGCCCCCACCUGCACCCCGCCCAGCUCCAUGAGAAACACAACAGCAAAAGCCAUCUCUGGAUUUUUGUACACACGAAAGCGAAGUCAUCAUUAAGCUGAAAUCCAUCUAUUAUUUUUUUGCUCCCUCCGCUUCGCCUCGUCCACUCAGCUCUUCUCUCACACUCUCCCACAACCAGCAUCACGCCAUUCCUCUCUCAAACAUUCUCCAAAGUAUCCAAAGUUUAUAUUUUUUUCCCCCCCAUGGCAUCAUCUGUGUGUUAGUGCACGUUUGGUCUUUUUUUUUCUUCUUUCUUUCUCCCUUCUGUCUUGUCAAAAUGUUACUGAAGCAGCACUGGCAGCUCUACGGCUGCAGCCACUAGCAACGAGAGAAGUGAUGCUAAUAAGAGAUAGAGAUGAUCCAUAUGAAGUAGAGGAUGAGUUGUCACGGUGUCCUAUCGGUGCGUUUGGUGAGUUUGACUGAAAGGGUAUCUGGGGUCCACCACCCCUGACAUUGCAUCAUCAUUCCUCCUUAUGUAAUCAAACUCCACAAACUGUUACAGUAUAUUUACAGUGUAUUUAUUCAUGAUAUCAAAACUGUCACACAUGUUCAUUUAUUUCAUUUCAGCCCAUACAACAGUCUGUUCUUACGGCGCAUUUGGUUAUUUUAUUUCUUUUCGUUUUUUCGUUGUUGUAAUAAAAGGCCUUUUUUUUCCAUUGA